AUGGCAGCCGAAGAUCCAACAAGCAACGCAGGUCAAGAAGACAGGAAGUGCACAAGGAAGAGGUUUAAGGACUGGGCAUGCAGUAGGUGUGGUAAAAUAAUAAUCUGCGUCAUCUUCAUAGCAGUAGUGGCUGUGGUAGGUGUCGUACUUUGUGUCGUACUUCAUCGCGAUAAAUCAUUUGGCGGACCCUAUAAAAGAGAAGCCGUUGCCACGGAUACACAGCAGUGUUCUGACAUAGGAGAAAACAUCCUAAAGGCAAACGGCUCUGCGGUGGAUGCUGCCAUCGCCGCCAUGUUCUGUUUGGGUGUGGUCAGCAUGCACUCAUCAGGGAUAGGAGGUGGGGGAGUGAUGUUAGUGUACAAUCAAACAUUAAAGCAAGCCACAGUCAUCGAUUUCAGAGAAACUGCCCCAGCUACAGCCUACCGGGAUAUGUUCAAGGGCAAAGAGGAAGAAGCCAAGAAAGGUGGCCUGUGCAUCGCUGUUCCCGGCGAGGUGCGCGGUCAGUUCGAGGCUUGGAAACGACAUGGUCGGUUAACAUGGAAACGCCUUGUUCAACCCGCUAUCAAUUUGGCCAAAAAUGGGUUUAAAGCAUCUAAAGCACUGGAUGAUGCACUAACGACCAAAGGAAUCGAGAAAGAUAUUAGAAAUGACCCCGGUUUAAGUGAACUGCUCCUGGUUGAUAAUAAAAGGCUUGUUAAGAAAGGAGACGUCAUUAAGAAUGAAAAGUACGCAACGACCCUGGAAAGAGUGCGUGACGAUCCAGAAUCUUUUUACGAUACAUCAGAUGGAGAGCUUGGCAGAGAAAUUAUAAGUGAUUUGCAGACAGUCAGUGGAAAGGUGACUGACCGUGAUUUAAGAGAUUACAGGCCGAUCACGAGAGAGUCAUAUCAGAGAGAACUCUCGGGCAUGAAAAUGUACCUGACCCCACCCCCGACAAGUGGCGCCGUGUUAGGGCUCAUCUUGAACAUUUUGAAAGGGUACAAAAUGACGUCGUCAGCCUUUAAAGAUAAGAAAUCCUCUGUUCUUACGUACCACCGAAUCAUUGAAGCCUUUAAGUUCAGUUAUGCAUGGCGCAGUCUGCUUGGAGAUCCGAAGUCCAAUCCAAACAUCGAGAAAAAAGCAUUAAAGAUGUUGGAUCCAAAAACAAGCAAUCGCCUACGUAACAAAAUAUGGGAUAACAAGACCCACAAAGAUGUAGGGUAUUACGCGGACUUCUUUUCGAACGCUGAUUACGGUACAACCCACGUGGCUGUUCUGGCCCCAGAUGGAGACGCAGUUUCCGUGACAUCUACUAUCAACAUGAGGUUCGGUGCUAAAUAUCGAUCCACUACCACAGGCAUCAUUUACAACAAUGAGAUGGCAGAUUUUGAUAUUCCUGGUGACGACGUAGUGGAUGGUAUUUCUCUUUCACCAUUUAAUUAUCCUGGGCCAGGCAAGCGUCCUUUGUCCAACAUGUGUCCCACAAUUUUUACCGAUAACAACGGAGUUGUGCAACUUGUAAUCGGUGCUUCUGGCGGGAAACUGAUACCCACCGCUGUGUCACAGGUCUUAAUGAACAAACUCUGGUUUAGAGAUGACUUGUCUGAGGCGGUAAACAAACCUCGACUGCACAUACAAAUGGUACCUGAUCAGCGAGUAUUUUAUGAAAAUAAUAAGAAAUAUCGCAUUGACAAGUAUGUAAUAGAAGGCUUAACACAACUAGAUCACAUCGUCACUGGCAGUGAUUUGUUUGCUGUGGUGCAGGCCAUUUCUAGGGAACCUAAAGGAAUAUACGCCAAGUCUGACCCGAGAAAGCAUGGUGAACCUGCGGGUCAAUAGUAGUGCGGUCCCGAGACACUCGCCUAACCAAAACUCGCUUUAAAACCCUAUCUAGUGUAGUAACACCUUAUUUUCCAUAAAUGAGCAGGAAAAUGCAAUGAGGCUAAGAGCUAUUGAAUGAUGGCGUUUCACAAGGAUAGAAAACAGAUUUUUCUUUUCAUUUUUACAGCAAUUCUUCGGCAUCUUUGGUCAAAAUUAACGUUUAAUUUGAAAACGAUUUUAGCUUAUGAUCCUUGAUGAUAGGGUGUUCGAAUAUCGUUUUCCGAUUUAAAGCAUGUUAGAUGAACAGACAGAAGCGUUCAUUAAUUUUCAUUCGUCUUUUUCCGUUGAUUUAGAUUUCUUUGGCUUAUCCGGCAUAUCGAAAAAUGUAAUUUGUGGUAAUCCUAAUUAGCAUAAAUUAAUAUUUUGCCGGCACGUAUCAGAGGACUGGGGGCGGGUGCAAGGUACGCGGAGAGUUAUGGGAUCGUGGUUUGCAAGUAGAGGUCGUUAGUAGGGCAUGGCAUUCUACGGUCAGCCUUCGCCGUGUUUAGCUGUUCAUUUUCGUUUUCGUUUUUGUAUAAAUUUAGAGCUGUACUUGCAUGCUACCUUAAGUAACUGUGUGUAACAUGUCAUUCAUAGGAUACCCUAAAACCUCAAGGAUGGCACCGCUGCCUUGGUUGGGGGUUCACGUUCCCCGUUUUUUCUAACUGCUGGUUGUUAGGGGUUUUCGUGUCCGGCUUUGGUGCAUUUAUUUUACUUCAAUCGUAAAAGACUUUUGUAAACAUAUCGAUUUGGAGUUAAAUAAACGGUGGCUUGGCUGGCCAACGCGCCCAGA